GGGCGGGUGGGAGGUGAGGUGCUGGGAGGAUGAGCGGUUGGGGUUGGGUGGGGGUGGGGGUGGUGGUGAUGGUGCUGGUGAACGUGGUGGGAAGUCCAAAGGAAGAGGGGACGGGGAGGAUGAGAGCAUGACGGAGGCGGGCGGGCCCUCGCGGCAGGGCAGCCAGGCGAGCAUUGCCAGCGGCGCGAGCGGCGGGCCCGGCCACGGCGGCGCCGUCAACCCCUUGGCGGCGUACUUGCGCACCAUCACCGACUGGCACGCCAAGUCGGCCGAGAUAGUCGACUUUGUCACCAACCCCGUCACCACCAGCCAGCCUUCCCCAGCGGCUCGUCGAUCCUUCUCCUCCGACGCCAGCACCAAGCCCGAACCAGCCUCAAUCCCAACCCCGACUCCCACCACGACUCCCACCACGCGCCGCCCCCUCCCCUCGCACCCCACCAAGCCGAAAACCCCCACCACCACCACAACCACCACCGAGAACAACAAUAACAACCCGCCCCCUCACAAACCAACCCUGCCCAUCGCCCUCCUCCCCGCCGGCUUCUCUCUCACCCUGUCGGACCGCUUCGCCUGCGCGGUGCCCAUCGCCGACGCCUACGCGCCCGUCGACCACUGGCAGUGGAUGGCCACGCUGUGGCGCGGCAUCGUCGGCCCCGACCUGGUCAUCUACGCCGCGCCCGCUGCGCCCGCGCCCGCGCGCGCUGCUGCUUCUGCUUCUGCUUGUCAUGGUGGUGCUGCUGCCGGUAGUGUUGGUGGUGGUGGUGGAGGUGGAGGGACGGUGGAGGUCAGGAGUGCCGGGCUGGUUGUUGUGCGUUUGCCGGCUCCGGCGCCGGCGUCGGGAGAAGGCGACGGGGCCGCGGGGGAGGUGGCGGUCGUGGAUGAGAAGGUGCAGCGGCGGCUCGGGUUUGAGAUUGUCGAGUGGGUGAGGAGCGCCGGGUGGGUGGACUCUGAAAGGGGGAGGGUGGAUGAAGGGCACGGGGCGAUGGAGUACUAAUGAUUAGAUUGUCUUGGAAGGGCGGGCGGGGCGCUGAUGGCGCUAGGCUAAUGUGCCUCGGUGCAGCGCGGGUUGUGGAGAGAUGGCACGAAGAUAGGGCUUGUACGUCCAACUCAACAUACGACGCCUAAUGCUUUUAC